CCUCCCCUCUUUGCUCACUCCCAUUCUCUGUCCUCAUCUCUGGAGUUACUCAAUGCCGAACCUUCACAAAAAAAGAGAGAGAAAAGAAGAAGGAGGGGAAAAAAAAUCUCACCAAAGACAAGAACUCCAGGAGGGGCUUUCAAAUGAAUUCCUCCCCCCCUCCCUCCUCUCCUUGUGUUUUACAACACUGUGUCCUCCCUGCUCAGGAGAUCACACCAGAAAGCCACACGCAGGAGAAGUGGAGGCGAAUUUUCUCUGUGUCUGUGUGUGUCUAGAUGUGUUUUUCUCCCAGGCUGCAGAUGGCAUUAGGAUCUUGGAGAAAAAAAAACAACACACACACACAGAAAACAACCAACUUUCCAGUCCUGGCAUGAAAAAUCCAGGCAGGGAGGGGGAAAAAAUCCAUAGAACUUUUUCUAGCCUAGGGCUGGCAGAGAGGGGGGCAAAGGCUUUGGGCGCCUCUUGAUUUGUGAGUGUGAAUCUCCAAGAAGAAAACAUAGAGAAGGGGUGGAAAAAAAAAUCUCUUUACCUUUGCAAUCAUGGCCUUGAGGACUUCAUUGCUUGGACUCUGUAUGGGGUUACUGGUUUCCUUGCUGGAACUGUGGAUUAUAUCAGCUGUUAGCCUGGAGCCAAUAUACUGGAACACAGCAAAUAAAAAGUUCCAGGCAGCGGGCGGCUACGUCCUGUACCCGCAGAUCGGCGACCGGCUGGACCUGAUCUGCCCGCGGUCCCGGCCACUGGGCCCCUUCUCGGCGGAGGAGUAUGAAUAUUACAAGCUGUACCUGGUGCCGGGCGAUCAGGCCCGGGCGUGCGAGAUCCUGCAGGCCCCCAACCUGCUGCUGACGUGCGACCGGCCCGAGCACGACGUGCGAUUCACCAUCAAGUUCCAGGAGUUCAGCCCCAACCUGUGGGGCCACGAAUUCAAGAGCAACCAGGACUACUACAUCAUCACCACGUCGGACGGCACCAAGGAGGGGCUGGAGAACCUGAGGGGCGGCGCCUGCCUCUCUAAGGGGAUGAAAGUCGUCUUGAAAGUGGGGCAGCAUCCCGGCACAGGCUCCAAGUCCCAGAAAUCGAGGCCCGAGAAGGAGCACGGGACGCUGGGCGUGGCGGACGCUGGCAAGGAGAGCGGCGCAGGCGCUGGGAACGCCACCGGCCCGGCGGGGGGCGCCAACGGGCCCUUGCCCCAGUCCAACGUGCCCGUGGUGGCUGGGGCGGCGGGGGGCGCCGCCUUCGUGGCCCUGGUGGCGGCGGGCGUGACGGGGGCCGUGUGCUGGCGCCGGCGCCGGGCCAAGCAGAGCGACACCCACCUCCCGCCUCUCUCGCUCAGCAGCCUGACGAGCCCCAAGCGGGGCGGGGCCGGCGGGGGGGGGGAACAACAAGGCUCGGAGCCCAGCGACAUCAUCAUCCCGCUACGGACGUCGGAGGGGGCCUUCUGCCCCCACUAUGAGAAAGUGAGUGGGGACUACGGGCACCCCGUCUACAUCGUGCAGGAGAUGCCCCCCCAAAGCGCCGCCAAUAUCUACUACAAAGUGUGACGGGAAAGGGGGGCCCGGGCCCACCCCGGCGCCGGCCAUGGACUCGUGCCUUUCCCUCGGAUACGGACGCCCCCCCUCGGCGCUGACGGGGUUCACUCAGAGCCAGGACGGCGACCCCCCCAAUACGGACGGUGACCCCCCUCCCCAGCGCUGACGGAGACGGACGCCCCCCACUCCUGAUUCUUCCUCGUGUGAAGAGUCCCCGGCACUGAUAGGGUUAAAGCAGAGAUGGGGGGGCCCUCUACUCUGGCGCUGACAGGGUUGAUGGGGGCCAAGGGGGUCCCUUCGCCAUUCUCCUCUCUGGCACUGAUGUGGGGGAGGGCUCAGAGCGGGUCCCUUCCCCAGACUCCCCCACAGCUCCGCUCCUCCCAUCCCUACAAUCCCUCCCAGGCCAGAUCCUGCCUCUUCUGCCCCCCCCUCCCCAGCUCCACCAGGGAUGGGGGUCUUUGGGGCCAGGGGGGAGGCCAGGAGCAGUUGUGUUAUGUCUCAGGGUGGGGUGAGGGGAGAUCAGCCCCGUUCAUGAGAUUUCCCCCUAUCCUAAGGACUGGUGGGGGCAAUUUUACACGCCCCCCACAGUCCCUGUUCACGUGGAGUGGGGGUGGGAUUUGGGGGAGAGGCGAAAGGUUUGGUUAUUUCAACUAUUGGGACCUUUCCAUGUCUCCGCUUUGAAAAUGUGACUCAACAGAAAUGCCCACCAGCCGCACGCACCCCCCCCCCCCUUUUAUUAGAGAGACGUUUUCACGGGGGCGGGGGGCAGGCAUGGAGGUAUGGGACUGGGCUUGUCAUUUUUCACCCCCCCCCCCACCAUCGCCAUUCAUCAAGAAGCGAACUUUAAGCCACAGGAAGUGACAUCUCGUCCACCAGGAAAUGCGGUGAAGGAAGAGACUCUGGCGAGGGUGGGACUUCCUCGUUUUGGAUGGGGACUUCCUGUUUCGGGUGGGACUUCCUGUUUCGGGCCCGGAAAUGACUUCAAGGCGAAAAAAGGAGGGGGCGGGGGGGGACGGAUCUUUGCAGGCUUUAAUGACGUUUUUUGACCUGGGAAU